AUGACGUCGAACCAAAACGAAUAUAAUUAUAAUAAUAAUAAUAGCGAUGAUGAAAGUAAUGAUUUAUCAAAAAUAAAUAAUAAUGGUUUUAGAUUUGAUAAUUCUAAUCAACAACAAUAUUUACAACAAUUUUCAAAUUUCGAAAAACACGAUAAUUUUUUUAAUAACCAACAACAGCAACAGCAACAGCAACAGCAGCAAUAUCGACAACAAAACCAACAGCAACAGCAACAAUAUCGACAAAGACAAAACUAUACACAACAGAACAAUUAUAAUCCUUAUAGAUUUAAUAACAAUAACAAUAAAAAUGAUUCAUAUAUUAGAAAACAAAAUGAAAUAGUAAAAUCACAUUAUGACCAUAAACAAAAUAUACCUAUCCAUAUAAGAUCAAAAAGCAAAAUCAUUUCAUUAAAAAACUUAAAUAAUUGGGUAAAAUCAAUCCUUAUUCAGGAAUAUUCAAAACCAAAUACAAUUGUAUUCGAUAUUUGCGGAGGUAAAUUAGGCGAUUUACAGAAAUGGAUUAAAGCACAGAUCAAAUCUUUAGUAGUUGCAGAUAUAUCUUUAGAAUCUUUAAAACAUGGCGUAGAAAGAUACAAUCAGGCAUUAAACCAUAUUCACUUUGAUAUUAAAAUGAUUGCUGUGGACUAUUAUGAUAGUUUCGAUAAUAAUAGUUUUUUAAAAGUAGAUUUGGUCAGUUGCCAAUUUGCCUUGCAUUAUUCAUUUAGAACCAGAGAAAGUGCCAUGCAACUUUUAAAGAAUGUUUCAUCAGUUUUAAAAGAUGGUGGUUAUUUCAUCGGUACAAUUCCAAAUGCCUGCCUAAUUGUUAAAAAACUAAGAGAGGCAAAAUCAAAUAGAUUUGGUAAUGAAGUUUAUUCAAUCGAAUUUAAAGAUAAAGAACCAACAUUCUCAGCAUUCGGGUGCGCAUAUAAAUUUUAUUUGGAAGAUGCAAUUGACUUUUUAGAAGAAUAUUUAGUCCACAUGGAUGUCCUAGUUGAAAUGGCAAAAGAGUUCCAAUUAGAAUUAGUUUUAGAAUCCAAUUUUCACGACUUUAUUUAUGAAAAAUCAAAAUCCCAUUAUGACCUCUUAAGAAAAAUGAAUUGCUUUAAUCAAAAUCAUACAGUAUCUCAAGCCGAAUGGGAAGCAUUAGGAAUAUAUAAAGCUUUUGUAUUUAAAAAAGCCUCAACCCAUAACCAUAGUAAUGAUCAAGAUCAACAGAAUCAACCGGAACCAAAUAAACCCCAAAAAAUAUCCGAAGAAGAUAUUAUUGUACAUUUAUAA